AUUGGUAGGAUUGUUUGGGUUUUGUCUCAAAUGUGUUGUCUGAACCCAUUCAGCUCGUAGUCUGUGCCUCGAUGUAUUGGAGACAGCGACACUGCCCUCUUCCCCUCCCCGGAUCCAGUGACUUGCGCUCCGAUAAGUAAACAGUAACCUCGUCGACUAUCACUCGCCUCUCAGCAAAUCAGUGUGCGCUUUGGAUUCCGUUCUCGUUCAUUGCAGGAUGGCAUUACCUCCGUAGUGGAGUGAGAGACAGUUUUAUUUCACCGGGGUGGGCUAAGUCCACAAGUUUGUCUUAUAUCUUCAGUUUGGGAAACAGUCAUUGCCUCUGGGCUUAAUACGGGUUUGUCCCUGGCUGCCUUGACUACAAUUGUAGUUAGCUACACAAUGUCAGUAAGUAGAGUGCGUACGCGAAUUUUGCUUUUGCAGUGUCUGAUCACCGGUUCCCUGUGUACCGCGUUCACUUUCACCGAGGAACCUGCGGAGAGAGCUGCCAAGUCGGAUGGAUAUUGCAGUAGGAUUUUAAGGGCUCAGGGAGCAAAGAGAGAGGGCUACAAUGAGUUUCGACUGAGAGUUGAAGGGGACCCAGAUAAUUACCAACCCGGGAGCACAUACAGAGUGACGUUGUUUGCGUCCCACCCUGCUUAUUUCAGAGGCUUCACCCUCAUAGCUCUGAGGGAAGGCAGAGAAGGGAACAAUGAUGAGGAUUAUGCUGGGAAUUUUCAGAUCAUUGACGAAGAAGACACCCAGUUCAUGACCAACUGCCCUCCUGCUGUGACCGAGAGCACCCCUCGCAGGAGGACCAGGAUACAGGUGUUCUGGACAGCGCCCCCUUCAGGCAGCGGCUGUGUCCUCCUCAAGGCAAGCAUUGUUCAGAAGAAGAUCAUCUACUUCCAGGAUGAAGGCUCCCUCACAAAGAGGAUGUGUGAGAAAGAGCCACUCUUUGGGGAGGCCACAGAGAAGCCCUUCCUGGACUGUUGUGCCUGUGGGACAGCUAAGUACAGGGUGACCUAUUUUGGCAACUGGUCAGAGAAGAUGCAUCCCAAAGACUACCCCAGGCGUGCCAACCACUGGUCUGCACUCAUUGGAGCCUCCCACUCAAAGAACUACGUGCUCUGGGAGUAUGGAGGCUAUUCUAGCGACGGGGUCAAGCAGGUUGCUGAGCUGGGCUCUCCAGUGAAGAUGGAGGAAGAGAUUCGACAAAAGGGUGACGACGUCCUGACUGUCAUUAAGAUGAAGGCUCAGUGGCCAGCAUGGCAGCCUCUCAAUGUACAUUCUAUGGCUGGAGGGGGGUUCCAGGAGGUGUUACUUCGGGCGGCUCCCUCUGCUGAGUUCUCUGUGGACCGCACACGUCACCUCAUGUCCUUCCUCACAAUGCUGGGCCCCAGCCCCGACUGGACCGUGGGCCUGUCCGCCGAGGACCUCUGCACCAAGGAGUGUGGCUGGGUCCAGAAGGUCGUCCAGGAUCUCAUCCCCUGGGACGCCGGCACUGACAGCGGGGUCACCUAUGAGUCUCCCAACAAGGCCACCAUUCCCCAGGAGAAGAUCCGGCCACUGACCAGUCUGGAUCACCCUCAGAGCCCAUUCUACGACCCUGAGGGGGGUGCCAUCACGCCCGUCUCCAGAGUGAUGGUAGAACGCAUCGCUCGCAAGGGUGAGCAGUGCAACAUCGUGCCUGAUAAUGUGGACGACAUCGUCGCCGACAUCGCCCAGGAGGAGAAGGAGGAAGAUGACACGCCCGAGACCUGCAUCUACUCCAACUGGUCCCCGUGGUCGGCGUGCAGCUCAUCCACCUGUGAGAAGGGCAAGCGUAUGAGGCAGCGCAUGCUGAAGGCCCAGUUGGACCUGAGCGUGCCCUGCCCACACACCCAGGACUUCCAGCCUUGCAUGGGCCCCGGAUGCAGUGAAGAAGUGGACGCCUCCACGUGCAUGAUGUCGGAGUGGAUCACCUGGUCCCCCUGCAGCAUGUCGUGCGGGAUGGGCACCCGCUCACGGGAGCGAUACGUCAAGCAGUUCCCCGAGGAUGGCUCCAUCUGCAUGCUGCCCACCGAGGAGACGGAGAAGUGCAUCGUCAACGAGGAGUGCACGCCCAGCAGUUGCUUGGUGACUGAGUGGGGAGAGUGGGAUAUCUGCAGCGCCACCUGUGGGCUGGGCAUGAAGAGGCGCGAGCGCAUGGUCAAAACGCCUCCCACCGAUGGCUCUGUGUGCAGCGCCGAGGUGGUAGAGGUGGAGAAGUGCAUGAUGCCAGAGUGCCACACCAUCCCCUGCCUGCUGUCUCCGUGGUCAGACUGGAGCGACUGCAGCGUGACGUGUGGAAAGGGCGGCCGCUCCCGCCAGCGCACCCUCAAGUCCCCCCUGGAGCUGGGAGAGUGUGCUGAGGAGCUGGACCAGGUGGAGAAGUGCAUGCUGCCAGAAUGCCCGAUGGACUGCAUACUGUCCGAGUGGUCAGAGUGGUCGGAGUGCAACAAGUCAUGCGGCAAGGGGCACAUGAUCCGCACCCGCAUGGUGAUGAUGGAGCCGCAGUUCGGCGGCACCCCCUGCCUAGAGACGGUCCAGCGCAAGAAGUGCAAGAUCCGCAAGUGCAACCGGGGUGGGGGCAACAGCGACGAGAAGAGACGCCGCAAAGAGGCUAGGGAGAAGCGCCGGAACAAACAGGGCCGCGAGGAGCCGGCCGACGAGCACACGGGGUGUAAGAUGAAGCCGUGGUCGGCUUGGACAGACUGCACUAAGCUGUGUGGCGGGGGCAUCCAGGAGCGGCUCAUGACAGCCAAGAAGAGAUUCAAGAGCUCACAGCUCAGCAGCUGCAAGGACAGGAAGGAGAUCCGGGCCUGCAAUGUACAUCCCUGCUAGAGACUGGGACAGGGAUCUGGGGGACAUCUCAAGGGGGCGGGACACGAGAGGGAUGGUUGGGGGAUGCCAUUGGGUGGGGAGCUCUGUCACUCUGUGAUACAGGGCACUCUGAUUAGGGCUUUUAUGGUGCAUAAACAAAGUAGAUAUCUGUGUAGAGACUGCAUCUUCAAAUGGCCUGUAAAUAGUAAUUAAGCCGGACUGGAUCACAGAAAUAAGGGAUGGAGAUGUGAGUCCUGGAAGUAUAUUUGCCAGUUGUAAGCCCACAUGAAUUCAGAGGAAUUCUAUGGUGAUAUUAAUGUCAGGCAGAAUAGGUGUAUCUUUUUGUUAGUUGGGUAAUAUAUUAUCAUGAGAAAACCACUACCACUACCAAAUCUCAUACCAUGACACAAUGAGGGUUUAAAACUGUCCUCAUUUUUAAGGUUCAUACUUUUUGUGUUCAACUGUUUGUUCGUUUGUUUGUUUUAUUUAAUUUGAUGCCUUCUGCAUGUCAUGGAAGCAGCGUAGGUUAGACUCUCAUUCUGAAGGGGGCGACUGAACUAAGUGAACAGACAGAACUAAACAUCUAACUGGUCGGCAGGCAGUCCAUGGACAUCACAGGUCACUGCCUCCCAUCUUGAAGUCAGAUUCUCGACCUCUAUCAGCAACCAUUCUUAGAGAGGACCAACUAUAGGUCCCUGACAGUCAACUUGGUUUAUUUGGACAAAUAUUCACACAUUUCUCUGUUAUUAUUUUGCUACUUGUGCAAACUAGAUCUGUUGUAAUUGUACCUUUUUUGGCAAAAUUAAUGUAAACUUGUUGUGGUAUUAUAUUAUUCAGAAAUAAUGACAGUAGACUUAUAUCAUUUCAUUGAGAUAUAGAACUGUUACAUCCUGUGAUUUCUUCCUAAGUAGUGUAUAAUAUUCCUGAACUAAAAGCACAGGUAACAUGCCAUUCCAGCAUUUUAUAUGCCUCAAAAUGUUUCUGUUUUUGGGACAAGCAAACAAACCUGUUGUGAUUUUUACCCAGCAGAAAUAAAAUGUAAUGCUCCUCAACUAAAACCUUUUUAAUUUUUGCAUUCUUUUUACUUUUACUUUGGGGGUUGUCAAUUUCUUUUUUAUAAGAAUGUCAACCAAGAUUUUUACCAAAGUCUUGUGUAGAUGUUUUCUAGUUGUCUUUUUCUUUUAUCUCUCCCGCUAACACAAUGAUGAAUAUUUUGGAAUAUCUCGCCUUUACAAUAAAAGUAAAUGUGACACAUUA